AUGGCUUUUGCUAGACUCCACAUCUUCUCUCAACUCGAUGAAAAACUACAGGAUUCUGUAUCUGAACGAUCAAAUAUGGAGAAGUACAUCAUGGAGCUAAAGGCUAACUUGAAGAGACAUGAACGUGAAAACAGUUUAUCUCAGAAAGAUAUAUCUGACCUACAAAAGCAGGUUACGAUACUACUGAAGGAGUGUCGUGAUGUCCAACUUCGCUGUGGAGCUGCCAGGGAUAAUGAAGAAGUUGAUCCUCAUCAUUUCAAUGUUGAGAUAGAUAUGGAGUCUGAAGUUGAGCAGGUCAUUUCGGAGCAUUUUAUCUCAGGCCUUUAUAUUGCGCUGUGGAUUGGUUUUGCUCAUAUUUCAUUCAAAGAAGGGAGUAUGCUAUUAGUUUUACUUGACGUUAUCUUCCAGAAGGUGACAAAAUCAUCUUGGAAACUGCUAAGCUACUGA